AUGGAAUGCGGCGAUCCUCCAUUAUUCAAUCCGCACGACAAUUUGACGAACGCCGUCCUUGAUUCGCUUUUCGUUUUCGAUCGUGGCUACAAGCAAAUCCACCGCUAUUUGGCCGUUUUCCUUUGCGUUUUCGGUCUUCUCUUCAAUUCGGUUCACAUUUGGGUCCUCAGACAACCUCGUCUUCGUUCAACGUCUGUCCAUACAGUCCUCGUAGGGAUCGCUUGUUCGGAUAUCGGUACAAUGGUCAGCUAUUUGAUCUACAUCACUCGUUACGAGUUUUUCAAGCAAAACGAUGGUUAUGCCUAUGUGUGGAGCAUCUUUUUGCAGCUGCAUGCUUUGAUCUCAAUCGCUUGUCAUGCGAUCACUCUCUAUUUGGUCGUUUUAAUGGCAUUUAUUCGAUGGAGAGUAAUGAUCAAUCCGGGAAGUGGAUGGAUGAGAACACAAAGAGCUUGCUUCGGCUCAAUUCUGAUCGCUUUCUGGGUUGUCGUGCUGUGUAUUCCGACUUUCCUCGCCCAUCAGAUCAAAUCCUACGAGCCAAUGGAUGAAGAACAAGAAAUAUUAUAUAAUGUUGGUUUCUCCGAUAUGAUGCUAACAAAUGGUUGUUUUUUGAUGAAAGCAAAUCUCUGGUUGACUGGGAUUUUUCUAAAGGCAAUCCCAUGUUUCCUUUUGUUCUGGUUGACAGCUGGUUUGCUUCAUCAAAUGAAGGUGAAUCGAGAGAAAAGAAAGCUCAUCUUGCACGUGAAAGAAGACGAAAAACAAAGGAGAAGAGGAGAUCAAACCACUUAUAUGCUUUUAUUGAUGGUUUCUGUUUUUCUCUUCACCGAAUUACCUCAGGGUUUCAUUGCUAUAUUUUAUGCCUUAUACACAAAAGAAUUCUAUUUAAAUGUUUAUAUGCCGAUCGCUGACCUCUUGGAUUUAUUGAGCCUUGUCAACUGCUAUGUGGCCUUUUUGGUGUACGUUUGUACUUGCUCUCGUUAUCGACAAACACUUCUCACCAUUUUGCCGAAUGUUGAACGAAUUGUCUCCACAAUCACCACUCGACAGAACACGAUUGUUGGUGGAAGUGGAGUGAAGAGGGAAUCCGCACCGAAUUGGGCAAAGGUGAUCCCACAGAACCCUCGUCGAUACAGCCGGAGUCAAGAGAUUCGCACCGAGGCCACCCAAUUGAUGAAUGGAAACGAGAAUUAUGAUACUUAUCUU